UGAUGUUUUCGCUGGGCUGUAGUGAUGUGUAGUCACCAUGAGUGAAGCGGGCAAAUAAAGAUUUAUAAUGGCAGCGAGCGAUGAUGGAGGCUCUGCGAAGAUGCAACGUCUCGUCGUGCUGAAUAAUCACCAGGGGGACACAUCGGAAAGCAGCACGGAUUACUCGAACGUGUAAUUGUAUCUGAGCUACGAACCCGCAGCCAACAAAAUGGGCCGUGCAUCAGUGUAAAGUGGAGGUAAAGUGACCUUUCAUCGCAUUGUCCCAUGGAAGAUCGGCCGCGUUUACCGAAUCACGGCGUCAUGUUGACACUGGAGGCACAACCGCGUCGCGCUGUCAUGAAAACGGCCGCGACCAAGGGCGACAUCUCUUGUGCUGCCGGGGAGCCUCCAUCCUCCUCCUCCUCCUCCUCCACAACCUCAAUCAAUAACAGCGGCUCCCGUUUGCCCAUGCACUUAACAGCCUCCUCUCAUUCUCAGCCUCAGAGGAGGUACCAUCCGCCUUACCACUUUAAAGUGCAUCAUCUGUUCCCGGAUGAGAACCCUCAGGAUGCUGUAUUGAGGAAGAACCUGCCACCCCUCCAGUAUAAAGUGCACGACUCUGCCUUCUGCCGCGUACUCGGUGCCGACACCACUGCUGCUGCCCUGGCCGCCGCCGCCGCCUGCUCCGGCGGUGUGGACAGGGACAUAUGGAAAUGUGGCUAUCUCAGAAAACAGAAGCACGGCCACAAGAGGUUCUUCGUCUUGAGGGGCCCCAGCAACCUCGGGCCCAGUCGGCUGGAGUAUUACGACAGCGAGAAGAAAUUUCGAAACGCCCUCAAAGCUGCUGCCUCCGGUGUUGCGUGCCCUGCCAAGAGGGUGAUUUAUCUGUCCCUGUGUUUUACGGUGAACAAGAGGGCUGAUGCUAAGAACAAAUACCUCAUUGCCCUUUAUACUAAAGAUGAGUAUUUUGCAGUGGUGGCGGAGAGCGAACAGGAGCAAGAGGAGUGGUACUUGGCCCUCACCGAACUUAUGACGGAGGGAAAAAAGGGGCAGCUAGACAACGAUGAGCUUGAUGACGGUUACGGGACGAUUUCGCCGGGUACUAUUUUCAAGGAGGUGUGGCAGGUGAACGUCAAACCUAAAGGCUUGGGUCAGACUAGGAAUUUAAUGGGCGUGUACCGUCUGUGCCUUUCCUCCAAGACUAUUCACCUGGUGAAGCUGAACUCGGAGACGCCUGCCGUCAACCUGCCGCUAAUGAGCAUUCGCCGCUGUGGCCACUCUGAGAGCUUCUUCUUUAUCGAGGUGGGGCGCUCUUCUUCCAUCGGUCCCGGUGAAAUCUGGGUGCAAGUCGAGGACUCGGUGGUAGCGCAGAACAUGCACGAGACCAUUCUCGACACAAUGAAGGCUUUAAAGGCCUUUCCUGACUUUAGGCCACGGAGCAAAAGCCAGUCCUCCGGCUCGAAUCCCAUACCGUUUAUCACUACUCGCCGACAUCUCGGCAACCUUCCCCCAAGCCAAACUGGGCUGCAGCGCCCCUCCAGAACAGAUUCAGUGACAGGCACGCCACCUACAGGGAAAAAUAGAGGGCGGGGCCAGCGCUACCGGACCUCAAGUGAGGGCGAAGGCACUCAGGACCGCCCCCUCAGCUCUGGCACAGGCAGCCUGGUGCACCUAAAUACCCCCGUUCUUAGCGUGGGCAGAGAAGAAAGCGGCAGCUGCUGCGCCCACGCCUCACCAGGUUCGAGCCAGCACACCCGGUCUGCUUCGCUUCCCGUGUCUCAUUUCCUGUCUGCCACCAGCCCCAUCAGCGUGUCCAGCAGCAGCGGGCACGGCUCGGCCUCAGACACGCACACUCGCCCCUCUAGCUCCUCCAUUUGUGGCUCCCCUAGUGACGGAGGCUUCAACUCGUCCGAUGAGUUCUGUCCCAGUCCAUGUGACUUCAGGUACUUUCACGCAAGUUGUACCACGCCCGAAUCCCACGGCAGCACUCCACCCUUUCGAGAGGACUAUCGGCUGACUGAAUACAUGACCAUGGAUUGGCACAGAGAUGGGGCGAGGACUUUCGAGGAGGAGAGCAGUUACAUGGAAAGGACUUUCCUCAAGCUAGCACAUUCGUCCAAGCCAAAGCUUGGCGGCGGUUUGAGUAUCACACAGCAAAAAGCUACGCAAACCUCAUCUUCUUUAGACGAAUCGAGCCCGGUGGAGUCGAAACGACACCAGGUUUGCUCGUGCCUGCUGAAGUCAGCCUAUAAGUCUUACUCUGAAUUACAUCACCCAAACAAGCCUCCCUUGCUCAGCUCUGAGUGUCAAAAGAAACUGCCAAAAGAUGAUGGCUACAUGCCCAUGAUCUACAGCAUUGCUCCC